AGCAAAAUGGCGACAGUCUAAUAGAGGGAGAGAAGACGGUGUCAGGCGCAGUGACAAACUUGAAGACAUGAGCGCUCGUCCUGAGAAAGUAUCGCUGCUAUGUCUGAUCUGAAGCUGAAUGCGCAAGAGGACAAAGACGUGGAAUCGGUGUCUGACAGCCCAGGUCGUACUCGGGAGCCAUUACAGACUCACACAUUCUCCCCGAAGAACAAUGCUGCAGGUCUGUCCUCAGAUGAACACGAAAACCCUUUAAAUGGAACCCAGCCGAAUCCAUUUGUAUACAGCAGUGUCCCUGCUGUUCCCCAUGCAGACAAUUCAUUGCCUUCAGGAGCACUUGUUAAUGGACCUGGUUCACACCCCAACUCAGAGGUACACUGUGUCCUGAACAAAGGCACUGUUUUAUCCAACAGUGUCCUGGAUGCCGUGUGGCAAGCGGAGAAGGACACGAGCCCCGAGGUGUUACCACCACCUAGUGAGCUUCAAUCAGACGCUUGGAAGAACACAGUGGGACCCGACGUAAAAACACCGGCCACACAGCCAGGUGUCAACACGCCACUGUCUCACUCGGAGGAGAAUGAGUCUAAACUGGCCUAUUCCACGCUGUCAGGUGACAGUGCAGAGCAAAUGCACAUUAGCCAACCUUUGACAAAACAGACAAUAAAAACAAGAUCUCCACGGGACAUGGAACGGUCUGGAGUCUCCUUGGAUGAUUAUGAUAAUACUGAAGUAAUCAGGUGGGAUUCAACAAGAAAAUGCUUUUUGCACAACGACAGAAGGCUGGAGACCAAAGUGAUGCCCCAAAGAGACAAGAAGCACAAUACACACACGAAAAGCAUGUUAGGCUGUCUUGAAAAGGUUAACAACAGCUACAGACAUUUCUGCAGUGGUAAUGAUGUUGAAAGUGUUGACACUGGCAACAAAGAUGAAUUUUUGGGUACACAAUCUGACAUUAAAUAUUCAGUUAUGCCAUUCAAAGACCUUUCUCGGAACAUAGCUUUAGACUCUGAGAGCCAUAUUUAUAGCACAGCGCAGGGAGGCAGUAAUGAGGAAAAUGACCCUGAAGAUGAAAACUGUGUUAGUCCAAAAGUGGAACAGUUGAAGGCAGAGCAACUUGAACGAGAUUCACUUUUCUUUUCAUGCACAACAUGCAAUGUUAAUUUCAAGGAAAAAAGACAUUUCCAUAGACAUAUGAUGUAUCAUUUAGGCAAGCAUAAUCAGGUGAACAGUGAGAAUGAUUCACAGCCCUUUAUAUGCGGAGAGUGUGGGCUUUUGUUCUGUGAUAGCAACUCCCUCAUGAGGCACAUCAUUAUUCACCAAGAUAGGCUGGAAAAACUUAUGGAGGAAAUUGAAGGUCUCAAAAAGACUGAAUUUGAAGAUGGGGCCACCACAGUGCCGUGCUCUCGGUGCACGUUUGGUUGUAACUGCCAAAAAGUCUUUGUCCAGGGUACCAAAACACAUGAUAAUUUGAAGCACUACUACUUUUGUGAGGAGUGUAAUUACAUUUCCUUGACACGGCAGACACUUGUAGCACACUUACAUGUUGCACACCUCAACACACACCAGCCUCAAAACAGGAAAAUGAGUCAUACUAAUGAUGCAGAGGGAGCACAACAUGUUCCGUUUCAGUGUAAAAUGAGUUUUUUCCCAAGGAGAGACAAAGUAGUGUUAGGAAAACAUUCUGAAAUGCCAUAUGUUGGCAAAUAUAAAACAAUAGCCCGAUGUAAACCAAAUCUAUUUAAAUCUACUUUAAAGGAAAAACUCGACCGUUCCACUGAAAAGGGGGAUAUUCACAUUCAAAAAACUCUUGACAACACUGUAAAUUGUCAUCAGUUUAAACCCAAUGCCAGCUGCACUAAAAGCAUGCUGUCGCCAUAUUUGUGGAGAAUCGACAAGCAUGGAAAGUUACUCUUACAACCAGCAGAAAAAUUGGAUGUGGAAACCGAUCUCACCUGUGUACAAGAAGAUGCUGAAAACAAUGACCGCAGGGCUUUUGGCAGCUUAAAGCUGGCAAACCGUCCUACAGCCGCUGCUUUUACAGCCAGGAAGCUUAAAUUGGACCAGAUGUUCUGUCAGGGAAGCAAAAAUGACCCCGUAAACGGGAGUUUACAAGUACAAGUAAGCCAAAAUUCUCCAUCAAUGGGAAAAAUGACUACACCUUUGCAUAACACUACUGAAAGAAUGAAUGGUAAUAUAUUGCCUGGGCUUAGCCAGAGGCUUAAGAAACAGUGUGCAGUUAGGGAGUUAAAGAAAGGCUGUGAGGGUGAUGAUAACUUCAGUGAUGACACCAGCGAAGCUACAGGCAGCUUCUUGGAAAGCAGCGAGAAUGAAAGGAACUCAUAUGCUCGGAGGUAUUUGAAAAAGAGGCAGAGCUUUACAGCCAAACACCAAAGCCCCCACGCACUCAAGGUUGAAGAUGAUGGAGAUGAAGACUGCAGUGACAUAGAACAGCUCAUAAUCAAAGAGGAGCACAUUGAAACGACAGUGAGUGAUGAUUCCACAGAAUUGCCUAAUACAUCUCCAAGUGAUAGUUUUGAUAUGUCCCCCACACCAUCAGUAAAACAUAAGCCCUGUCCUUACUGUCCCGCCACGUUUGAGUCCGGAGUGGGUCUGUCCAAUCACGUGCGAGGACAUCUUCACAGAGCUGGGGUGAGCUACAAUGCCCGGCACAUGGUUUCACCGGAGCAAGUGGCGUUGUGGGACUAUCAGCCAAGAAUCCGCAGAAAGAUUUCUACUGGCAUGAGAAAAAAAGCUGUUAAGCCAGAAACUCGAGGACAACACACGUGUCCUGUGUGUUUGGAAUGUUUUGAUAGCAAAACUGGCAUCUCUAACCAUGUGAGGGGACACCUGAAACGAAUAGGUACAAAGGUUACCAGCAGCACCCCUCAGAAGUUCAUCUGCAGCAAUGGCCUCUUUCUGAUGCAGACAAGCAUCCCAGGGAAACUCCAACAUGUCAAAAGGAGUCUGCAUCCCAUAAAGAAAAGCCUUGUGUGUAAACACAUGGUAGAUAACCUCUCAGAAAGGAAGAAGCUACAUGGGGAAGCAGAAAGAGGCACUACAGCCACAUCAAGCACUUUAGUUGAACUCCUCAAAGCCAAACAGGAAAGUGUGGAGCUUGCAGUGAGCCAAGAAGCCUAUGCAACCAGGGUGAUCUGUGAGAUGACCAACGAUUAUAUGGCCAAAACAGAGAUGACCAGUCGGGAACCAAACUGGUCUGUUGGGGAAUGUGACUCAAAAAAGAUUUAUAUUCAGUGUGACAGCACCUUCCCCACUGUUUCCCAGCUUCCUGGUCAUAUUCAAGCAAAUGCACACAGGAAGAGGAUUGCAAUUUUUGAAGAAGAAGACUAUGAUUUUAGGAAGAAGAAACCAAGACAAAGGCCAGAGCUUAAAAAUAAUAAUUUACCUUCACUGAAUACUGAGAUGUGCACACUGACCUGCAGAUUCUGCGACCUAGUUUUUCAUGGUCCCUUUUCCAUUCAGGAGGACUGGAUCAGGCAUUUACAGAGGCACCUUCUACACACCAGCGUACCCCACUCAGGGAGAGGGAUGGUAGAGGUUUUAGCCCUUCAUCAGAAAAUACAACUAAGCAUGUCUCACGAGGACCCAGAAACUGGGUAGUUUUACUUCCAGAUCCCUCCAGAUCUAUGUAUUUCUCUCUCUCGCUCUUAUUCUCCCUCUAGAUAUAUAGAUAUAUCUAUAUAUAUCUAUACCAGCAUGUUUCUGGAAAGAAGUAUUUUAGUUAUCCAGGCUACUAUAUAGUAUAAAUUUUCUGUAUAUUUGCAAAAACUUAAUUAUAGCAUAUUUUAAUGCAACACUUUGCCUCAGCUAAUACGACUAAUAGGAUUCCUGUUUUUUGACUGCAGUAUAAAUUAUGCGCAACAAUAUGUAUGAUCCAAAAAAUGUUUUUGUCAUUAUAUAAGUGCCUUGUUAAUUCAACAAAACAACUGCUCAAAAAUCAGAUUUUUGUAAGGAGGUUUUCAUUAUAAUACAAAAACUUAGAAGGAGCAUUAGUUAGAAGGAGAACUGCACUUUAAAAAUAGACAAGAAUUUGAAUGUGUUUCAUGUUUCAUUUUCUUUUAGAGAUAAUAUUCAGUGAAACUGUUGCUCUACUUGUACGCACAGUACAGAGUGUCAUUAGUUUGUGGAUGCUUUGUACAAUUUCACCUCUGUGUACCUGCAUCAGAGACAGAAUUCUUCUUAAUCCAAAUGACAUUCAAGACAUUGGGACAGCUUGUUCUGUCAUCAUUUGUUCUUUGCUUUAACCUUCAACAUUCAGCUUAAUUUCUGAAAACUGAUUCUCAUUGUUAGGCACAACAAUAGCUUUUUAUGAAAAACCCUCUUUAGUUGUAACAAAAGUUAUAUUAUUUUCUAUGAUUAGCUCUGUGUUUCCAAAGGUGCUGUCUUUGGUUCAGUGGAAAUGUGUUGUAAUUAGAGACAUCACGCUUAAAAUUCAUACUUAACAGUUUAAAGACGGAAAUACUAUGAACAUUACCUAUUAUCCAAAUUCACUUGCACUUAAAUUUGUCACAAAUUUUGCAUGACAGGACUUCUGGUUAUGCGCUAAGAUAAAUUUAGGUAUUUCAGCAUGUGAAUAAGUACUUUUGCCAGGUCCUUUCAGUAAAAUGUAGUAGUUUACCUUUUUCUUAGUACAUUUUCAUAAUUGUAUUCUCUACAUUGUAUAUUUUAAGAACAGCUAAGGCUUUGACGUGUGUGAUCUAGUCUGGCUAAACCUAUUGCCAAAGCACUUACCUCAAUUGUAACACUUUUGAUUUAUACUAUAUUAAAAGCCAACAAAUAGUAUAUUUAAAAUUCAGAAAUUUAGAUUUAGCUAAAUCAAACAAAUGCUUGCUCUGGUUUUACAACCAAAUGCCAUGAAAGGAUAACUAUUUUAUGCAUUUACUUGCCUAUUUUGAAUAUGGAAAACUGCAGAUAUAGCAUCUCCUAACAUGUUGUACAGUUUAGCUUUGUAUUAAUACAUGUUGUUGAAUCAAUUUAAGAAUUCCAAUUUGAUUUGGAUUAUAUCUUCUGCAAUCAAAUAUUCAUACAAUUCUGAUGAAACUUGCAUGCAAAUAUUUGUAUAGAAAUCAGCUCCAUUGAUAUUCAGCAUGUGUGAUAUGAAAGAAGUGUUGUAAAUUUAAGGAAUUAAACACGUGUUUAUUUGUU